UACAAACAGUUAAGCCGUCCGAAAUGUCUGAAGUAAAAUCUAAGCUGCUUACCCAGAUUGCCGAACCAAUGACCUCGUCCGGCAACAAGGUCACCGUUGUCGGUAUCGGCCAGGUCGGAAUGGCCUGUGCAUUCAGUAUUCUGACCCAGAAUGUGUCCAGUGAGGUGGCCCUCAUUGACGUCAACGCGGACAAGCUGCAGGGUGAAAUGUUGGAUCUGCAGCACGGUUCUGCAUUCAUGAAGAAUGCUCACAUCAACGCAGGCACCGAUUUCUCAGUAUCAGCUGGAUCCCGUUUGAUCGUAAUUACGGCGGGCGUACGCCAAAAGGAGGGAGAAAGUCGUUUGGAUCUCGUCCAACGUAACACUGAUAUUCUGAAGGGUAUCAUCCCUAAGCUAGUUGCGCAAAGCCCCGACUGCAUCUUGCUGGUUGUUUCCAACCCGGUCGACAUCCUCACCUACGUAGCGUGGAAGCUUAGCGGUUUGCCGAAGAACCGUGUCAUUGGAUCCGGCACCAAUCUUGACUCGUCCCGAUUCCGCUUCCUAAUGUCGCAAAAGCUGGGCGUUGCCCCUACCUCCUGUCACGGUUGGAUCAUUGGUGAGCACGGUGACAGCAGCGUACCGGUCUGGUCCGGUGUAAACGUAGCCGGUGUACGAUUGGCCGAAAUUAACCCUAGCAUCGGUACCGAAGCCGACACUGAAAAAUGGGGAGAUUUGCACCAGCAGGUUGUCAACAGCGCAUACGAAGUUAUUCGUCUGAAGGGCUACACUUCCUGGGCCAUCGGUUUGAGCGUGGCCUCGUUGGCUUCUGCUAUUUUGCGCAACACAUAUAAUGUCCAUGCAGUUUCCACCCUGGUCAAGGGCGAGCACGGAGUCGAAGAUGAAGUCUACCUUUCACUACCAUGCGUACUGGGUCGCAAUGGUGUUAGCCACGUGGUGAAACAAAUUCUUACUCCGGAAGAAACUAAGAAACUGCAAGCAUCUGCCACUCUGAUGGCGCAGGUGCAGUCUGGUAUCAAAUUCUAAGCACU